AUGUCGGCUUCCGCCCUGCUCAGGAGCCGUGUCCGACGGCCCUCGUACCUUAACAAGAUCGCCAAGGCUGAGGACCUUAUUGAUCUCUUCCCCAAUGGCUCGUAUAUCGGCUGGUCCGGUUUCACAGGUGUUGGGUAUCCGAAGAAAGUCCCCACGGCGCUGGCUGACCACGUCGAGAAGAAUGGCCUUGAGGGCAAGCUCAAGUACACACUCUUCGUCGGAGCUUCAUCUGGUGCAGAGACUGAAAACCGCUGGGCGAGACUGAACAUGAUCGACCGCCGAAGCCCUCACCAGGUCGGCAAGGAGAUUGCCAAGGGUAUCAACAACGGUCAGAUCAAAUUCUUUGAUAAGCAUCUCAGCAUGUUCCCGUCCGAUCUUACCUACGGCUGGUACACACUGAACAAGCCUAAAAACCGUAUUGAUGUUGCUGUCAUCGAAGCCUCCGCCAUCACAGAGGACGGUGGUAUCAUUCCUGGAGCUUCAGUCGGCGCAUCGCCCGAGCUCGUGCAGAUGGCGGACAAGGUCAUUAUUGAGGUCAACACCGCCAGCCCUUCCUUCGAGGGUCUGCACGACAUUACCAUGUCCGAGCUCCCCCCGAACCGCAAGCCUUACCUGAUCCUCCAGCCCGAAGACCGUAUCGGUACCCCUCACAUCCCCGUCGACCCUGAGAAGGUCGUUGCCAUUGUCGAAUCCGACUACCCUGACCAGACUCAGCCCAACUCUCCUGAAGACGCCAACUCCCAGGCCAUCGCCUCCAACCUCAUUGAAUUCCUGAAGCAUGAAGUCAAGCAUGGCCGUCUCCCCCCCAACCUUCUUCCCAUCCAAUCCGGUAUUGGAAACAUUGCCAACGCCGUCAUUGGCGGCCUCAGCAAGGGUGGCGCAGACUUUACCAACCUCAAGGUAUGGACCGAGGUCCUCCAAGACUCUUUCCUCGACCUCUUCGACAGCGGCAACCUCGACUUCGCGACGGCGACUUCCAUCCGCUUCUCCCCCGAUGGCUUCAAGCGCUUCUACGACAACUGGGAGCGCUAUGCUGGCAAGCUUCUCCUGCGCUCUCAACAGGUUUCCAACUCUCCUGAGAUCAUCCGUCGUCUGGGCUGCAUCGGCAUGAACACUCCCGUUGAAGUCGACAUCUACGCCCACGCUAACAGCACGUGCGUCAUGGGCUCGCGCAUGCUCAACGGUCUCGGCGGCUCUGCCGAUUUCCUGCGUUCUUCCAAGUACAGUAUCAUGCACACCCCUAGUGUCCGGCCCUCCAAGACAGACCCCACCGGUGUCUCCUGCAUCGUUCCCUUCGCUACACACAUUGACCAGACCGAGCACGAUCUCGAUGUGAUUGUUACAGAGCAAGGUCUUGCUGAUGUGCGUGGCUUGAGUCCCCGUGAGCGUGCACGUGUCAUUAUCAAGAAGUGCUCUCACCCCGACUACACACCAAUCCUGACAGAUUACCUGGACCGUGCUGAGUUCGAGUGCUUGAAGAAGGGCAUGGCUCACGAGCCCCACCUGCUCUUCAACGCGUUCAAGAUGCACAAGAACCUCCAGGAGAACGGAACGAUGAAGAUUUCUAACUGGGACUAAGUCAGUGUGUAAUGACUGAUUCGAUUGUAUUACGAUAUUUGGUAUACUUGGGUGGCGCACGGAGUGCUUUGUAUUGUACUUUAGGUACCUUGGUCUAAUUCCAGCAUAUUUGCAAUCUUAACUUC